CCGUGGCAGCGGUUGGAGCGGGGCGGGGGCGGGGAGGCUGGGCACUGGCUACCCAAGUUGCUAAACGGAGAGAGAAGCAGCUUGCCGCCUUCUGCCUGGGCCCCAGCCCAGCUGCCGCUCCGGGGCCGGAAGGCAGGACCUGUCCUGUCAGUGACCUCAGGCUCUUGUCCAUGCUGUUUCCUCUGCUUGGAAUGCCUCUUCUUGGCCUCCUUACUUGAUCUCUAGGGAAGCCCGAAGGGAAACAGUGAUGGCCAAGGACAUCCUGGGUGAAGCAGGGCUACACUUUGAUGAGCUGAACAAGCUGCGGGUACUAGACCCGGAGGUCACCCAGCAGACCACAGAGCUCAAGGAAGAAUGCAAGGACUUUGUGGACAAAAUUGGCCAGUUUCAGAAAAUAGUUGGUGGUUUAAUCGAACUUGUUGACCAGCUUGCCAAAGAAGCAGAAAAUGAGAAGAUGAAGGCGAUUGGUGCUCGGAACUUGCUCAAAUCUAUAGCAAAGCAGAGAGAAGCCCAACAACAGCAACUCCAGGCGCUAAUAGCAGAGAAGAAGAUGCAGCUUGAAAGGUAUCGGGUUGAAUAUGAAGCUUUGUGUAAAGUAGAAGCAGAACAAAAUGAAUUUAUUGACCAGUUUAUUUUUCAGAAAUGAACUGAAACUUUCAUUUUGUAGGUGGGCAGACUACAAAAACAAAACAAAACAAAACAAAACCACCAAACCAAAACACCUCUGUAUCAUUCCAGUGACCUGACUAAUGACCCAUGUUGUGCGAGAUGGUGUAAGGAAUGCAACAUCUCCAAAGGCAAUAAUGUCAAGUCAGGGGACCUUGUGUGCGGAGCUUUCCUGCAGCUCCCCAGGCUCUGCAUUCCUAAUCUGAACAGAGCAGACUAUAACCUUACUCUUUUUUCUUUUUUUUGUAAAUCCACAAAACUUUGGAAAGCAAAGCAAUAAAUUAUUGUUUUCAAGUGUUUUGCUU